GCACUGGUCAUGCGACAUCAUGCAGAUAAGAUGGAGGAUGCUGAAUCAGGGCUGGAGUAAGCAGUUGGAUGCGGUCCAGCUCUGCACGAGAAGCCCAGAUUGCUCAUUCCUCAGCUACUUAGCCAAUAGCAAUAGUGCUGUGAUUCACUGGAGUUUUCGGUCUCUUAGCCUGCAGCUAGCGGUGAACUCUCUCUCCCUGCCACCUCGAGUGUCUGAGCCAGAGGUGGGAGGGGGUGCCGUCUCUUUGCAGGGGAAUUUGUCAGGAAUGCUCUGUGGUGUGGCAUCGAGGAGGCCAGGGACUGAUGUCAUUAGCAAGGGGCUGUGAGGGCAGCAGCGCCUGGGUCACAUGCAGGGUCGUCCCGACUCAGACUUGUCUGCAGUCCGGAGCAGGAUGCUCUUCCCCAGCGGUGGGCAGGACUCCUCUAGGGGUCUGCCUGACGUCAGUAACUGGGGUCUGGGCCUACAGUCCCUCAGCCUGUCUGACUGGGAGAGACCAUGGAGCAGCCAUGACUCGGAUCCCUCUGCACAGACUAACACAGCCUCGCUGCAUGGGAUUUUUGGGACUCCCAGCCAUCUCUCCAACAGGCUUCCGAGCUACUCUGAGCCUUCCAUUGGUGCCACAGACUUCCUAGAAAGAUUUCCCGGCAUGGCACGCUUGAAUUCUCAGUCUUUCCUGGACUCUAACUCCAUUAGCCCUGUGGACUCUGAGACCAGCGGCUUCAGCUCUGGUUCUGAUCACCUCUCAGACCUGCUGUCGUCUUUGAGGAUCUCGCCGUCUGUGCCCUUCCUUAUGUCCAGUAUGCAAAGGGAUCCGCUCAAGCUAGCUCUGGGCUCUCGUUUGGACCACAGCAGCUCCCCUCUCACCCCACCACCCAGUGCCACCUCAAGCGGUGGUCUGUCCCACCGCUGGCCUGGUGCCUCCAUCUGGCCCAACUGGGACCUAAUGAAGACCCCUGAGAGCCCCUUCAGCAUUGAAAGAGAGGCCUGGCUUCACCGACAGGCAGCCUCCAUCAAUGAAGCUACCUUCACAUGGAGUGGACAGUUGCCGCCCAGACACUACCAAAAUCCCAUUUAUUCCUGCAAGGUCUUUUUAGGAGGCGUUCCCUGGGACAUCACUGAAGCUGGUUUGAUAAACACUUUUAAAUGCUAUGGCCCUCUCAGUGUGGAGUGGCCAGGUAAGGAUGGCAAGCACCCUCGCUGCCCUCCGAAAGGUAAUAUGCCCAAAGGUUAUGUGUACUUGGUGUUUGAAUCGGACAAGUCUGUGCGUGCCCUGCUACAGGACUGCACUGAGGACCUGCUCCAUCCUGAGGGCUACAGCGAGUAUUACUUCAAAAUGUCCAGCAGAAGGAUGCGCUGCAAAGAUGCACAGGUGAUCCCUUGGGUGAUUUCAGACAGUAACUAUGUGAGUUGCCCCUCUCAAAGGCUGGACCCUAGGAACACUGUGUUUGUAGGAGCCCUGCAUGGCAUGCUGAACGCUGAGGCCCUGGCCAGCAUCAUGAAUGAUCUGUUCGGAGGUGUUGUGUAUGCAGGCAUCGACACAGACAAGCACAAAUACCCCAUUGGAUCUGGUCGUGUAACCUUUAACAACCAACGCAGUUAUCUGAAAGCUGUAAGCGCUGCAUUUGUUGAGAUCAAGACGCCCAAAUUUACAAAGAAGGUUCAGAUUGACCCAUACUUGGAGGAUGCCAUCUGUCAAUCAUGCAGUCGUGAGCCUGGGCCAUUCUUUUGCAGGGACAAGACCUGCUUCAAAUACUACUGUCGCUCCUGCUGGCAUAGGCAGCACUCCAUGGACAUCCUCAGUAACCACCGCCCUCUGAUGCGCAACCAGAAGAAGCGGGAUGCCAACUGAAACCACGCAUGGCAGCACGAUGCCUCAGCCUGGAUGUCCAUUGCGCCUGCUCUCCUCGGGGAACCGCUUCAGAGUCGGCCCCCCUUCAAAAGGCCCUCCCAGGAGUUGGGGCAUGGGGAAACACUGUAGAAAGUUCACUGUUGCACUUUCUUUUUAGUUUGGCUUGUUCACUUUGGCACUGUACACGGUGAGAUGGGUUAGCUGGGGCCCAUGGAUGGGGGAAGAACCAGAGUUUUGAACUAAGUAGAUAUUCAGGCCAUUUUUUUUUUCCUUUUUUUUUUUUUUUUU